CUGGGAGCGUUCAAAUAAAAUGAUCUGUAGGGAGUAAAAAGGACUUCUGGAAUAGAAUUGCAGGAUGGAGACUAGUACUGCAGCAUUCCAUAAGGAUAAACUAAUUUUCCCAAAGUCUGUAGCUUACUUCACCGGCAAGCAAAAGUGAAGAAUUAACUGCUACUUCGGAAUUAAAAAUUCCCUGGUCAGAGUGGCAAGACCAGGUGGGGCUCUGGAAACAAGCCACGUUGCUAUGGCAACUUCGGAUCGCCAAGUUGUGCUCUCGCGGCCUCCUGCUCUUACGUCACAUCCGGUGUUACCUGUGUUGUUACCGGGAGCCGAAAACAAGGUGUGCAAACUUCUGGAGAGCGGUCAGGAUGCAGCCAAGCGGAGCCGCUGGAGGCCGUGGCUGCGCUCUGCGGCCACUGCUGGGCAUCCUGCUCUUCCAGGGUGUUCACACGGUCCUCUCCUUGGAGAUUAAAGCAGAUGCUCAUGUCCGGGGUUAUGUUGGAGAAAAGAUCAAGUUGAAAUGCACCUUCAAGUCAACUUCGUCUGUCACUGAUAAACUCACCAUAGACUGGACCUACCGCCCUCCUAGGAGCAGCCGCACAGAAUCAAUUUUUCAUUAUCAGUCUUUCCAGUACCCAACCACGGCAGGCACAUUUCGGGAUCGAAUUUCCUGGGUUGGAGAUGUGUAUAAAGGGGACGCCUCCAUAAGCAUAAGCAACCCUACCAUAAAGGACAACGGGACGUUCAGCUGUGCUGUGAAGAAUCCUCCAGACGUGCACCAUAAUAUUCCCUUGACAGAGCUGGCGGUCACAGAAAGGGCUGUGGUGGUUGCUCUGCUGCUGGUGAGGAUGGGGAGGAAGUCUGUGGGGCUGAAGAAGAGGAGCAAGUCUGGCUACAAGAAGUCAUCUAUUGAGGUCUCCGAUGACCCUGACCAGGAGGAGGAGGGAGGCUGCGUGGUGAGGCUCUGUGUCCGUUGCGCCGAGUGCCUGGAUUCAGACUAUGAAGAGAUGUACUGAUGAAAGUCUUCACGAUGUGAGGAGUCACCUAAUAACAGAACAUAAUCCCAUUCCACUGGCAGCUACAGCCUCUCUGAGAAGUGGAGCUGGCCUGGAGAGCAGUGAUGGAAGAUUCUAGAAGUUACCAGUAAAGACUUCAGGAACCAUUUAUUUAUUGAAAAUAUGCUCUUUUCGUAUUUAUAAACUGUUCAAAAACUCUCAGAAGAGACUCAGAACUACCCCUGUUAGUAGCUCAUGCUCUAAUUGACUGAAGAAAUUCUUUUCCUGAAUAGAAAGAUAUGUUUUGUUUUGUCUUCACUCUUGAAUGUAUUACACGUUUUCUUCCAAUUCUUUGAGGGAGAAUUCUAAAUGCUGGCCAUACUGCUGAUGCCAAAAUAUGUUUGUUAAAUGAAAUGGGGCUUAGAGUUUCCUGUUGUGCUGCAAGGCCAGACGUUUGGGAGGAGUAUGUUUGUAUUUUGCUACCUGAGCACCUUGGGCUGUGGGUGAGCACACAGCCUGUACCACUGGUUUGGUCAUCUCACCAUCAGUUGUGUUUGGGUGACCUGGAGGAUAUAACCCUAAUUUCUGUAGAAUUGGUAAGAUUGGGAGUCAGUGGUUUGCCUUGAUCAGGAUUUUAAAGUAUUAAGGUGUCAUCAGUUUACAAUUAGGGAAAGCAAUGAUGAAGUAGAGGGAGUCCUUUCUCUUGUCUUCCUAGGCAAAAUUUGUUACUUUACUUUCUUACAGCUGAUGAUGUAUGGUUUCCUCCUUGACUCUUUAGAUCAGAGGCAAGAAAAACUCUUAGAAAGGUUCUCAGAGGGGAUGUGAAGGCUAUUUUACCAGUUACUUGCAGUGAAUCAUCUUUUAACCUGUGUUAUUCUUCAAAACUUUUGAGUUCUAAAGUGUGUCAUGUAUGAGUGAACUAAGAUAUUUACGAACUGGUUUUGCAUAGUAUUUGAGACAAGGAAGUGAGGUGGUGUGUAACCUAUGCUUCCCCUUUGUGUUCUUCAGUACCUUACGUCAGCCUCCUCCAUUUUCUUACAGCAAUCUAUCUCAGAUUUUAACUUACAUGGGGUUUUCCAUAAACCAUUAAGAAAUACAUGUGACGUGUCAGGACAGAUUGAUGGCAUAGAGUGAUAGAGCUCACCUCUCAAUUAUAAGAGACUAGCGUUAUGCUCUCCUACCAUGGUUUUUCAACAAAAUAGUCUGUGGUUCUUUACUAGGUAGCUCAGGAGGUUCCCACAUCAUAGCACAAUACAACGUACAUGUUAUAGACAAAUUACUUGUAUAUUUUUGCCAAGAUGUCUUUUAAAAAACUUGGGUUGUUAUUAGUUCUGGAAGUCAUCAGUAAAGACUUCAAGAAAAUGAUAUAGAUUUGGCCUGGCAUCUUUUACUAACCUAGCCCAAAGAUUAGAGAGUCUGGUUAGUUAAUAGACUUGAUGAUUUACCUCUGGUUACAUAAGGAAGUAGAUGAGAUGAACACAGGAUGAGCAGUUAUUUCUGCAGUGGUUAAAUCUCAUAGUCUUGGGCUACUUGUUAUGCGUUUGGCUGUCUGAGGCCAAUUGGUAAGACCAUCUACCACCACACAGGGAAAGGAAACAAAUUUGAGCAGGGAGAAAAAGAAUUUGAGAUUUUGGCCAUUUGGAGAUAGAGAUCUAAUUGUGAGGCAGAUUGUUUUUAUGGGUCUUUAUUUCCCUGAGAAAAAGACAGUGUUAUGGGAACCCAGUUAAAGCCAUGUUGUGUUAACUGAGGAGCCUGGUCUGGUUAGGUUUUCUUGUCAUUUCCUUUCAGGCAUGUUAGGGGGAUUAAUCCAGUAUGGUGUGUUCGUCGCUUUAGGUAAAUGGUGCUGUGUGAAUACUUAGUCGUGUUAUUUCGUAGACCUGAGCAUGAUUUGAACCAAUUGAACCAGUCCCUUCCUUUUUAAAUGCUGAACAAGAGAGCCUUUCAUGGUAAGAGAAUAAGUUGCUAAUUGAGUCUGCUCCCUGGGUUCGUGGUCACAUCACAGUCAUAAGGCUGUGUCAGUCUCCUCUUCGUCCCUUACACUGAGGACUGGAUUACAUCUUUUUCUCUUCCUAGCAGCACAAAGCAAUGUUUGGACACCUGCCUUCUUAAGGAUGGAAGGAAUAUAAAAUGUUGUUAUUUUAACCUACUGUUUUAAUAUCUUCUAAGGUGCUAUUCCCUCCUUCUUUUUCUUUUUGCUGCUCCAUAUGUCCUUAGCACAUUGUACGGAGACCAGCUUUGUCUAGAAAGGGAAUUUAAUUCUGAAAGCAUCAGAAGGGGUUAAAGGCUUUUCAGAAUUUUUCUUUGGCUGCUGAAGCCUUUACCUGUAGUUACAUUACCUUUUCAGUUUUGUGCAUGGAGUGCUUAAUUCUGUUACAAAUGUGAAUUUAUAAAAUACUUCGUGUUUCCCAUGUGGCCCAUUACCUCAGGCUUCUUGGGGGACAGGUUAGUUCUCUGCAGCUCCUCACACUGUGCCCUGGUGCUUCAAGAGGGAAUGUUGCAUGUUCCUGUUUAACACAAAGUUCUGGAGGCCAGAUGUUGAAUCUGGAUGCUCCGUGUGUCAUCCGGUCAUGGUUCCGAAGGGGAGCCCUAAGAAGGCCCAGAUGGAGUGGGUCACGACUGUUACUUCAUUGCACAGCCUGAGACUUUGCUGCCAGAAGAGGCGGCUGCAUCCCUUUGGCCCCACUGUCGGGCUGUUGGACCGUUUGCUGCAGCAUUUCACUGGUGUGUUUUGCUAGGAGUGUGUGCACUGUUGGGCCAUAUGCACAGACAUCGUACCUCUUGAUAUCUUUCCUGCAUCAUAGCUAAUAAACUUCUUUGUUCUUUCUG